CAAACUCUUCUGUGCUCAUCUCUCCCAAAACAAAGAUGACACGCAAGCAUCAACGAUGAGUACAUCGUUGCCUGGUGCCACAACGCCCAGGGCUCUGUCUUUGUCUCCGUCUCUCCCCCCUUCAUAAACACCUGCCUCCUGGACCGUGGCCUUUGGGUGCUUUUGAUUGCUAUUUUUCCCUGCUGCCUACCGCAAUUGAGCAAAGUUGCCCAACAUGUCGGAAAAUCUCCUCGAUGCCUUCUGGCAGAUGCCACCCAUUGCCAGGACUCUGACUUCUAUUACCGCGGUCCUCUCCCUCAGCGUCCACCUGGGCCUGUUGCCAUUCUACUGGUUCAUUCACCACCCGUUCUACCUCUGGAUGUUUCCUCCCCAGAUAUGGCGUCUCGUAACAUGUUAUCUCAUCACUGGGAGCGGUCUCAGUUUGCUCUUUGACUCCUACUUCCUCUACCAUUACCUUUCCCAACUGGAAAUUGGCAACCCGCGCUUCCCGCGCAAGGCCGACGUCGUCUGGUACUUGAUGUUUAUCAGUGGAACGAUUUUGUGCUUUGCAUCCACAGCUAUCACGGUUCCUGAAAAUGAGGAAGAUUACCCCUGCACUUCGGACCUCCCAUCAUUCGCAAAAUCCGGGUUGGUCUGCGGUGUGGGCAUGAUGAUUAAUUACUUAUGUGCUUUGCCAUUCCAAACCUUCCUUCGGGCUCUGAUCCUCGCCAUGGCCUACACCGUGACCCAGGAUCAGCGGGGUAUGAAGGCCACAUUCUACUUCAUCACCAUCCCGGCCCAGUUGACGCCAAUCGCCAUGAUCCUAGUCAACCUCCUCUUCCCUGGAGGUCACAUGGCCAUGCUGCUCCAGCUUGAGGGUUUUGUGGCUGCCCAUCUGUAUGAUUUCCUGUCUAGAACUUGGCCCGAGUUUGGCGGAGGCCCUAAUAUCCUCGCCACCCCUGCCUUUGUCAGGCGCCUUGUACACACACCCCGGGUUCUCGAGAGAGGCUUCGGUACAGCUAUCCGACCUGACGACCCAGCAUCUGGCACCAGCUCCGGUGCCUCGAGGGGGCCUCUCCCAGACUCAUGGAAGACCCGCGGUCGCGGUCAGCGCUUAGGUUAAACCAUGGUUUCAAGAUUAGACAAGAGAAGCGUGUACGAUAUCAUCAUCAAUUU